UGGGGUCAGGGUUCAAGCGAAAGGCUCCCCGUCGGGGCUCCUUUUCUGUUAUCAAAUUUGUUGCGAGACAAAAAGAGCUACAGUUUCAUUCCUCGGGCCGUCCUGAGGGAGAGAGGAGAGGGGUCAUAGGACGGCAUUCCUCGUGUCGGAGCAUCAGUUCUUCCACGGAGCGCCACAUGAACUCCUGGUCUUCAGUCACAGCUCCCUGCUCCAGUACCGACCGCCGCACACUCAGGAUAUCAACUGGAACCAAAAAUGGAGUCUGCCACGAUUGCAGAGACAUCUUCACUCUCAAACCAGUCAUCGGAGAGCUGUGCACCAGCAGAGACAACAAUAGAAAACCAGCUGUUUGGGUGGUUCUAUGUGCUGGUCUUCAUCUUGGCCCUCGGUGGUAACAGUCUGGCUCUCUGGAUCUUCUCUCGUCAGCGUGGGGCUUUCUGCCCUGCUAACAUCUUCUUGGUUCAUCUGGCAGUGGCAGACCUAUCUUACGUGGUCAUCCUCCCACUCAGAGCAACUUACCACUUCACCAAUGGCCACUGGCCUCUGGGUGAGGUUCCCUGCAGGCUGGUGGGCUUUUUGUUCUAUGUCAACAUGUAUGCCAGUCUGUACUUCCUGGCUUGCGUGGCAGGGGACCGCUACCUGGCUGUGGUUCACGCUGUGAGAUCAAUGAAGCUUCGCCAAGGUCGCUAUGCUCACAUCAUCAGCUUGUGUUUGUGGGUCUUAGUCACACUCUCUAUGGCGCCACUGCUGGUUACCCAUCAGACAGUGCAGGUGGACAACACAACGGUGUGUUUGCAGCUGUACAGAGAGAAGGUGUCCCGCAGGGCGCUGGGCUCUCUGGCUGUGGCCUUCACCCCACCUUUCCUUGCCACCCUAUCCUGCUACCUGCUCAUCAUCCACAGCCUCCACCGGGGCUCCAGGCUGGACCCUGCCCUAAAACUCAAGGCCCUGCGUACCAUCGGUGCCGUCAUUCUCAUCUACAUGGUCUGCUUUCUGCCCUAUCAUCUGAGCAGAGUCACCUUCAUCCUUGGCUACAACAACCCAGACGUAUCUUGCCAAACACGAAGAGCCCUGAGCAUGGCCAAUCGCCUCACCUCCUCCCUCACCUGCAUGAACGGUGCUAUGGACCCACUGGUGUACCUGUUCGGGGCAGAGAAGUUCAGAAGCACACUGAAGAGGUUGUUCUGUAAAGAUAAGGCAGGGAUGACUGGGGCCACUAGCGGAGACCUAAAGGGAACACAUGAAAGCUCACUGAGUGCCAAGUCUGAGUUCUGAGUAAAAGACCCGGAGGAUCAUCGUAAACAGCUUUGUUCAGGCCUCACUGGACAGUAUGGACCUUAUCCUGGACGGAGUGAAGCAAGUGCAAAGUCCAACAUCCAGAUCUAAUAAACCCCUUACAAAACUAUUUGUGCAAAGUUUCAAUGAAAGGUCACCCUGAGCAGUCAGCCUGUUUAAAAAGUGAGAUGUUCGUUGAUGAAAGGGCCCAAGCAUCAAACAUUUCAGUGUCUGUUUCGGUCAAAUUUGGAGGAUUUCUUGGUUAAUCAAAGACCUAUUGUCAAUGAAAUGCAGGCAAUGAUUGACCAACUUCAAAUGACGUGCGUAGAUGUCCAAUUUAUAAAUUUUUUGUGAAUAAUAUAGACAUACAACUACAGCCCCUUUCACAAAACACUUUAAGUUGGGACUUAAGAUGCUUUUCUUGCUAUCAUCUGAUUUCUGAAGGUAGCAAAGAGGAGAUGAUCAACGUGGUACUGUCCAAACUCACAGGGGAGGUAGAGACAGAGCUGUAAAAGUCAAUGUAUGUAAGGGGGAGCUGGGUUUAUGGCUCGGGGUUUGAUGUAGUUAAAGAGAUGAUCCUGCUGUGGGACUUGAGGCCAAAACCCAACGAGACUCUGGUUUCCACAUUGACACACAUCGGACAAGUUGCACUGAAGUAAGCUAAAAACAGAUUAUUGAACCUCCCUGGUACUUUUUACCUUUUACCUUUGGGAAAUGUCAGAAAUAUGCUCCAUAUUCACCUGUCCAGCAAAGUAAGCUUCAUUUAUUGAUUUUAAAAACAUGAUUAGCUUGAAUGGUGUCUGAUGACAGAGCAAGGGCAACAUAAAUAGGGGCUUUGAGGGAUUUGUUUUAUAACAGAAGCCGAUGAUUCUUGUGUUUAACGAAUUUUCCUUCAAUGGGAAAUGUUUUUCUUAUUUUCCAUUUUAAAUCUGUACAUUAUUGCAACUAUUACAUUAUUAUUAGUCAACAUGUAUUGUUUCAGUCAUAUAUCUGAUGUCCCUUUGUUUUUGAGACAAGCUUUCCCAGUUUUGCAUUGGAAACCUGUGAAAAGAUGUUGUAUUUUCUGUGACUUUAUUUCCUCAACAUCUGAGAGGAACAAGUAGCAACAUGAUCACCAUAGUCAGAAUUUGUCAUGCGGUCACAAACAUGUCUUUUUUUUUGUUUGUUUGUUUCUGUUUCUUUAUCUCAUUUCCUGGUCAUGUGUGACUCUAUUCGGAAGAAAAGGAGGAAUGGCUGUUUUCACCGGACAUCAGAGAACUAUCUGUCAUCAGCCUCAGUAAUGUGUUAACUUAUUUAAAUAUCUAAACACUUGAAAAGGAAACCAAACCUUCCCAUGAACUGUGAUCAGGCGUCACGGCCUUUGACCCCAACAAGAAGAAGUGGUGACUGUGAAUUCAACUUUUAAUGUAUGUUUUCUGUAAGCCAAAUGAAACAAACACUCGUUACUGUAUGAAAUGUGGUUUGAGCAUUUAAUCCGGACUGGAAAGCACAAUGAAACUGAGAGAAGCCUGGGCUCUCUGUCUGGAUUUUUUUAUUUUAUUUUCUUUUUGAACAAUCACGUGUCAGAACUUUUGUUAGUGACCAAACUUUUGGUGUUUCAAACUCUUGAUUUGGGUCCAGCUGAAUAAUGGAAAAAAUGCUCCAGUUUUGGUCCCAACUUGAACCGAGUCGCCGGACUGUCAGAUGUGAAAACACAUUUAAGAUAUGACUCUGUUAAGGUCAUUUUAAAAUUGUGAAAAAUAUGCAAACUGUGCAUUGGUCAACCUUUAAUUUCUCUUUGGAGGCCUCAGGUCUCAAAUGUCGGUUAUCCCUUGGGCCGGCUCUGACACUAACCAGUGAUGAUGUAGAGUGGAGAUUUCCUGAUAUCUGCAGGAGGCUGAUGUGACAAAUUUCUAUUGUAUAUAAAUAUACUCUUCAUUUUUUCUUUCAGCUUCUUAAAUUUGCUAUCGUCUGCAUUUCUGCUACAAUAUUACGCAACACUGUCUGCUUUCAUGAAACUUGCAAACCGCUGUAAUGCUUGAGACAAAUUUCACAAGUAGUGCUCUCUCUGAUCCGUUAACUUGUAUGUGUGCUUUUUUUCUUCUCAUAAAAAGUGCAAA